CAGAACAGGGACAGAGUGGCUGCAGGCAUCGCACUCCUGUCCCAAACCAACAACAAGGGCUCUACAUUGGCUUUUUUGAUACGUUUGUAACAGUUCAAAGAUGGUGUCCAAACUUAAAUGGCUCAUUCUCAUUCAGCUGUUGUUGACUGACCAGGCCUUGAGUCGAGCUGCACCUCCUCAGGCGCCAACAAACAAGCGACAACAUAAAAAAAAUCACAUCGAGGAAGCAGCUAGCAAUGACCGAAAUCAUCUUAUUUUGGGGCCGCAGCUGCCUGUCCAAUCUGCAAACAACCGAAAACAAGAUAGAAGUCAGUCUGCCCUUCGACUGAUAGCACAACUCAAAGCCAAACUCCAAAGACAAACUCAAUACCUCAACAUCCAAGGCAAAGUUAGCUGUGAGGAGCUAGUAGCGGCUAGCACUGUUGACGAUUCACUUUCUUAUGAGUUACCACAAGAAUUGCUAGGCCUGAGUUUGGUGCCAGUUUUGGUGGUGGCAAACUGUCAAAAAGAUGCACAGAUUUUGGUGGAAAAGUUGUACAACCUGCUUGGUAUGUCCGAUACAGAUGAAUUACUUCUUGAUCUUGAACGCUUGAUGGAGCGAAAGAUAUCCAAGAUGACGGCUUCCCCUGCCCAAAGAAACAAAAUUGAACAAAAUAUUGACGUUGUGAUGUUUAAUAUUAAGCAACUGGCGCAAGACGAAGAUUCUGGGGAGAGAUGCGAAGACUGGGCCAAGUUGAACAGCACUAUGUUGAUUGGGUCUACCAUGGAAGGCCCCAGCGGCAGUCUGGAAGAAGCAGUGCAACAAUGCGAACACAUGGGGGCGCUAUGUGCAGGUGUAGCUCACAGCAAAGACCAACCUGGCAGUUACCAAGCUGUACUGAAAAAGGGUAGCCGAAUUUUACCAUCUGAUUCCGAAUCGUGGAUACUUCAAUGUCGGGAUUUGGGAAGUCGGGCCAAACGAAGCCCACGGAAAAACUGCGUCAAUAGAAAUGAACAGCAAGUUUAUAAAGUCAUGGAAUGGAUACCAGCAGUUAGCACUUUGUACAACUUAGGCACGGCUGUGUACUAUGCUUCUGUGAAUUGUUCGGAAAUAGCGAAAGAGAGGGCCAUUUUGUCUGCUGUAGAUCUGGGCACAGAUGCGUUGAUGGUGGUGACAGGGGGCACGGCUGGGGUAGCGGGAUAUGCACUAGGGGCAGGGCUGAAAACUGGGGUCAAAGCUGGAGUAAGGUACAUGAUGACGAAUAUGAAGGAGGAGGAUGAUGUUAUGGUGAAUCAGUUCAGCUGGGAGGAUGAUUCUGUGGUGUUUCAGCCGUAACUGAAAAUAAAUAAAUAAAUAAAAAUACAUUUUUACAUAGCCUGUAUAAGAUAGCCAAUGUAUUAAAGGUGCACUACAUAACUUUUUGGGGGAGCGUCCAUUACCUGCUUGUAUCCAUGGAGAAGUUAUUGCUUUGCCUUAAAUGUUCCAUAGUAUUGCAUUAAAAGUAGGUUACUUGCAUUUAUUCAAUAACAGGGGAUUUUAUUGUCCACAGUUCUGACCUGUAACUUGGCCUAGACAGAUGUUUCAUUCCAUACUAUGAGACAUUUCAGCAUUAGCAUGUCCAUGGAUGACCUUCCAGGAGAAAAGUUACACAGUGCACCUUUAGAUAAUGGAUCAUGUCAAAAUUUUUGAUUGGAGGUAUGCUACAUUUGAGAUAUCAAGUACAGAUUUGGCAGUCUUUUAUUUAUAGGUGGUGGGCUGUACUUGAGUUUUACUGUCUUAAAAAUGUGCAAAACAGAACUAGUUCAUUGAAAUGGUUUGCAGUGGUCCAAAGUUAUUCCUCGCUUACCUUAUGCACUCAGAGCACCCUAAUUACUCACCACAAUAUGUUUAUAAGUGCUUUCCACGUCAACUUUCUGACACCAGUGUGGAGUUUUGCCAGCAUGAUAAAGCUUACAACUAGCAUGCUAACCGUACACUUCCUGAUUGUCGGAACAAUCUAAUGCAGUAUAAUUAUACACAGACAUAUUUCGACAUCAAGAGCUGCUUAUACAAUAUAUCUGAACUGAUACAAGACCAUAGACGGUCAGUGUUCAUUUUGCUCAAAUAGUCUAAAUGGAAAAAAUGGGUACAGGCCCUUUAAAAAGAGGCUGCAAAUAUAGUGCAGUGUAUUCUUAUAAACAGAUCAAAUAUUUUCUGGACUUUUGUGGAAAAUGUUAUGGUCCAUUAAGGUUUUGUGCAAGUUUCUGAUAAAUAGUAAGAUGAGUAAGAUUACUAUCAUGAGGAUUUUGAUACUAAAACAUUUUGCCGUCAACUUAUCAAUUCAUUCCACGGAAUCAUAGGGUUCUACCAUCUAGAACAUGUAAUAGAAAAGCUGAAAACAAAUUACAACACCUCAGGAAAAUGAAAAUAUGUGAAAUAUUUCUUUCAUAAUUAUGAUUUAUAGUUCUACAUUUCUUUACUUGUCUAUUUUAACUGAGCUUUUAACUAACAUUUGAACAUGUCAGGUAUGACAUGUUCAAUGGAUGUUUUGCAAACAGCUCUUUUACUUUGUGUGCACAAUUGUUGUACAACUACAUUCCUUUCUCUGGGUUUCCUUUUCAUGCACUUUCCCACAUUUUAGUCAGUCUGAAAAUGUACAGGCCAAACUGUUAUGCCUAUAGGCUAGACUAGAGCUAUUAAAAAAAAUAAAAUAAAAAAAUCUUGGUCCUUUUUUUAUGAAACAGUGUAUUUUGUUUUUAUACUGUAAGCUUACAAUAUUUCUAAGUAAAAUCUCUUAUU